UUUCUCAAAAGGUGGGUGGGGUCAGUACCUACAGUAGCAUCCUUCCUCUCUCGCUCGGAGCCGACGCAGAGAGCUCGUCUGUUGCGAGUUUGAUAAGUGUCGCCGAAGGUCCAAUAAAGUCAGUCAGCAGGGGCCAAAGGAGGUCGUCCGCCUUGGACCCGCUGAUCCGCUGAUCCCCUCGGGGUGCGAAAGGGGCUACGCUGCCUGCCCCCCGCGCCAAGCUCGGCUUGCCCAGCAAGCAGGCAGGAUCACUUGGGCCGUACAUGAGAACGCAUGCGGAUGGCACGAUGCGUCCCGGCCAUGGCAUGCACAUAAGCGAUUUGCCUGCGUCCAGCCAGCAUCCACCAAGCAUGCACAUAAGCGAUUUGCCUGCGUCCAGCCAGCAUCCACCAAAACGGGAUCGCCAAGAGUGGAGGGUCCAAGAAAUCCCGCUAGCGUCAAUGUCGACUGAUCACGAGACUAGUCGUGCUGAGCGUACAAGUAGCCGGCCGCACAAGCAAUCAAGCAGCACCUUUGGCCGUCUCCAGCGGGUGGUGUACGCGGGGAAUGUGGGUCGCGAUCGAGUGCGGGGAAAACACGCGCAAAGAAACACGCUAGCGUCCUUUGUUGCAAUUUGAAUCACUGAAUUAAGGAAUCAAAAUGAAGCUGCUGCAGGCUGAGACCGGUGGCACGAAU